AUGCCUUCAAUCAACAUCUUUUUCCUCAUCUUUGCCCUCUUGUUCCUCCGACGCCCGACGUCCUCGUCCGCCUUCACCUUGAAGCUCGUCCACCGCGACUUCCCCGAAUCCCCUCUAUACCAUCCGAACCUUACAACCGCGCAACGCUUCCUCAAACAUGCCGAGAUAUCCCUUGCCCGCGCCUCCCUUUUCGAGAACCACGUCCACGCCGAGAUCGCCUCCCGUGGCGUCACAUGGAUGCAAUGCAAGCCCUGCACCCGCUGCUUCAGGCAGAACAACCCUGUUUUCGAGCCGAAGAAGUCGAGCAGCUAUAAGCCGAUCAGCAAAAAACACCCCCUCGCCAAAGGCUUCGACUGCUCCUUCUUCGGCAGUGGCUGCAGCUACUCUAUCAAAUACUACAGUGGCCAGUUCUCAAAGGGUCCGGUCGCCACAGAGACAUUCACAUUCGACAGCACCUUGAAAAGGCCCGCAUCUGUAGCAAACCUCGUAUUCGGCUGCGGGACCUCCAACGGCGGGCCAUACCCGCCGCAGGUCAGCGGGAUACUCGGGAUGGACAAGAAGCCGACGUCGCUGCCUCGUCAGCUCGGCUCAUCGAUCAAGUACCGAUUCUCGUACUGCCUCUCCCCGACCGCGGCCUCAUACGUCCGGUUUGGAGACGAGGCCGUGAUCCGGGGGAGGAACGUGCAGAGGACGCCGUUCCUCGAGACGAAAAACAAGCGGAGCACCACUAGCUACGCCCUCCCGUUGAUGGAUCUCAGCAUCAACGGGAGGAGGCUCGGGGCGAGAUUCCCCGAGGGAAUCUACAUAGAUUCCGGAUCCUCGAUGAGCCUGCUGGAGACGAGUGCAUUUAUAGCUGUGAAAAAUUCUCUGAUCAGUUAUUUUGCGAGGUUUCGGGAUGUGAAGAGGUAUACAGGGCCGAUUGCUUCGGACUUGUAUGUGUGUUUUCAAUAUGCGGGAGCGCAGCCGAGUUUACCGGCGAUGGGGUUUCAUUUUAACGGGGCGGAUAUGGUUGUGCCACCGCAGAAUUUGUUCUUCUUCACGCAUGGGAAUGUGUUCUGUUUGAAGGCGUUGGAGUCGAAGACUAUUUCGAUUUUGGGGGCAUUUCAGCAGAGGAAUUUCAGGUUUGUAUUUGAUUUGCAGCAGAAGAUGCUGUCCUUUGCUCCUGAGGACUGUUCUAAAGACUUCCAACAGCUUGGCUGA